UUUUCGUUAUUGACGCUCAAACAUGCGUGGUUUAUCUGUCAUCAAGCCACAAAACAGAGCCUUAAAAAACCUUCACGAACUCUCAAUCGCUCCAUCACACUCCGCUCCAAAAGACCAACGCAACACAAAACGCCGGAAAUUCUCAACGAAAAACAAAACCAAACACCCGCAAACCAUGCAAUCCCAACCAUCCCCCCGCCUCCUCCUCCUCCUCCUCCUCCUCCUCGCCACGCUCUUCCUCUCCCACCAAACACCGGUCCCGGCCGCCGGAUCCACCGCGCCCGCCCCUGCUGACGGCUCGGAUUUCAUCCGCGCCAGCUGCAACGUCACCCUGUACCCGGACGUCUGCUACGCCACCCUCGUCCGCUACGCCGCCUCGGUGCACGGCGACCCGGCCCGCCUCGCCCGGGCCGCCAUCGCCGUGAGCCUGGCCAGGGCCCGGCGCGUGGCCGAGUACGUGUCCAACCUCUCCCGGGAGGCCGACUACGGGGCCGACCGGCGGGCAGCGGCGGCGCUGCACGACUGCUCCGAGAACUUCGGGGACGCGGCGGACGAGAUGCGGGGCUCGCUGAAGCAGAUGCGGCAGCUCGGGGCGGCGGGGAGCGGGGAGCAGUCGUUCCGGUUCCAGAUGAGCAACGUGCAGACGUGGAUGAGCGCCGCCCUGACGGACGAGGAGACGUGCACGGACGGGUUCGAGGACGUGGCCGACGGGCCGGUGAAGGCCGGGGUGUGCGACCGGGCCGGGGCGGUGAAGAAGGUGACGAGCAACGCCCUGGCCCUGGUCAACAGUUACGUGAACAACCAGGCUGGCCCUUGAUGGCUCAGAUGGGGAGAAGAGCGUGUGUGAAUUGGUCUUUUUUCCUUCUUUCUUUUGUCCUUCUUCUUCGUAGGGAGAAGAGGAAAGUUAGUGACUCGUAAGACGGUGAGAAUUAGGUUUAAGUGGUUAACUGGUGUUUUUAUGUAACAAAGUUGAAGCUACGUUUUUGCUUCUAGACCAAGACUAUGUAAUCCGAGACUGACGGAGAUGUAUUGUAUAAUUGAGUGAGAGAGCUGAAUUGUAAA